AUGGCAAGCGAUAGUGAAGGCUCAAGUAUCACAUCAUCAAAUUCAUUAGUAUUCAAACAAUUACAAUUUAAUUAUCUCAUUGGUUAUGCACUUGCAGCAGGCAUUUACAUUUUAUUAUCAUACUCUGGUAACCAUUUACAAAGUUCCUAUCGAUAUGCUAUUUUCGAUUCAUAUGGUCUUAGACGAACAACAAUUGAACGAAUUUUUCUUUGUGCUCAUAUUUCAACUUUAACCCUUGGUACACUUAUUUCAUCACUUUCUGAUAAAUAGUAAGUAUAUUAUUUCAGAAUAUAUUAUCAAAAUAGAAAAGAAUAGUUGUAUUAUUAUCUAUAUUUAGUGGUCGUCGAACAGCAUGUAUUUUAUCCGCCAUAUUCUAUAUUAUCAGUUGUCUCUCACUUGUGAGUAAAUAUCAUAAAACAUCCUAAUAUAAAUUCAUAACGUAAUUUCUGUCUUAAAAGAAUAUCAAUAUAGUGUGGAUUUUUUUCAUCGGAAGUGCAGCUCGUGGUAUAGCUCAUUCAUUA